AUGGGGUCAGAAUUAACGCCGCAGCAGAAGGUCGAGUUGAUCAAGCAGAAUCUCCAGGAGGUUCUCAAGCCAGAGAUCAUCGAUGACAUAAUUAUCAAGCAGAAUCGGCCGCUGAAAAUCUACUUGGGAACUGCGACGACCGGCCGGCCACACUGUGGCUACUUUGUCCCGAUCGUAAAGAUCGCCCAUUUCCUCCGCGCAGGAUGUCACGUCAAGAUUCUCCUUGCCGACAUCCACGGCUUCCUCGACAACCUCAAAGCCCCCAUUGAGCUCGUCAACUUCCGCGCCGAAUACUACCGCUAUGUAAUAACAGCCAUGCUCAAGGCCAUACACGUGCCCCUCGAGAAGCUCGAGUUCGUGCUCGGAUCGUCCUACCAGCUCUCGGCGAAAUACACAAUGGAUAUAUUCCGGCUAAGUAGCAUGGUAACUGAACACGAUGCCAAAAAGGCCGGUGCCGAGGUUGUCAAACAAGUCGACAAUGCGCCGCUGUCUGGCCUCAUCUACCCGCUCAUGCAGGCCCUGGACGAAGAACACUUGGACGUUGAUGCGCAGUUCGGCGGUGUCGACCAGAGGAAGAUCUUCACCCUGGCGCAGGAAACGCUACCUCGCAUCGGAUACAAGGAGCGAGCGCACUUGAUGAACCCCAUGGUCCCCGGUUUGGCGGGUGGAAAGAUGUCUGCUUCAGACCCGGACUCUAAGAUCGAUAUACUAGACACUGCUGAUGCGGUUAAGAAGAAGAUCCGCAAGGCUUAUGCGAUGCCCAAGGAGACCGAGGGAAAUGGGAUGAUCAGCUUCGUAGAAUAUGUUUUGCUCCCUGUUAGUGCGUUGGAGAAUGCAGACGGCAAGGGUGCUUUUGCGGUUGACAGAAGUGAGGAGGAAGGCGGCCCGGUGGUGUACGAUUCCAUCGACGCGGUGAAAGCAGAUUAUCAAGCUGAUAAGCUGACACCUCAAAUCUUGAAACACGCCAUAACAACGGCGCUGAAUAAUAUCCUUGCCCCCAUCCAGGCCGCCUACGCUGCGGACACUGAGUGGCAGGAGCUUGCAAAGAAGGCCUACCCGCCCCCUCCUGCGCCUGAGAAGAAGCAGAAGAAACCAAAGGACAAGGGGAACAGAUACCCUGGUGGCGGGAAACCCGUUGCCGCACAGCCGGACGGAUCGGUUCAGGGAGAGGGCAGUGCCAAGGCUUCAGUUGGAGAGAAUGUCGAUGAGGCCAUGCAGAAGCUGGAUGUUAAGGAAUAA